UGACAGUUAAGUUCGUUUAGAAGAGGUUUUCAUUUUUAAAAUCUUAUUAUUUUUAAUUUAUACUAAACUUUUCCUAAAUUCUACUUGCUUGUUAUUGUAAUGCUUGGUGUAUUUUAAGUAUGUAUAAGUAUUCGAAAAUAAAACAUUUUUGUAAAUGAAAAGCAAAUGAAUUAAUAAAUUAGAUUAUUUCAUUGUUUAUGAUACAUACUAAAGCAAUAGCAAUUUGUGUUUGUAAACACACAUUGUUUAAUCGUAAUGUUCGUAACAUGACAUCAUGUUAUUCUAGCAAUUCGAGUUUCCUUUGUUACUUGAUCGGUAGAAAUGAUGGGCCAAACACGUUUCAUAAUGAAUACCAGUGUCACAGUGUUAAUAUUAUUCCUUACACAUAGUUUAGGAUUGACUCCGCAGUGCAGAAAUGAACGAGGAGAGCCAGUAGAUUGGUUCUAUGUUUACAAGUUACCCAGGGAAAGAAACCAUUUGAAUCCUUUAGUAAGACGAGGUGUAGCUUACAUGCAUUUGACACCAUCUAAGCUUAGAGGAGGUUGGAUUAUGUCAGAUUUAUCAAUUGGUGACCCUCGUUCAAUGGUUGGCAGAACCUUAGCACCUUUAUAUCAGGAUAAAAACACAAUUUCAGUAAUUUACAAUGACCAACCACCAUCAACGGAAAAUAAGCCUGAUUUGUUACAAUCUGUGGCAGAAAUGUAUUCUAAGAGUAAAAAAGGCCAACAGAACCAAUCUACUAUGAAAAAAUAUAAAAAAUUCAAACUUGGUGACAAAUACUAUGAUGAUUAUGAUUUAGCUGAAAUGUGUAAAAUGCAUUCGAAAUUCAUGAAAACUAGAGUAGAGAAUGGCCAUACUAAAGGUGUUAUUCUCGGUGACAAAUUCACUUCCUCAUGGCUUGUUCAUUCUGUACCACGGUUUCCACCUGUACCAGACAGUAAUGGUCUAAACACAAGUUCAUAUAGUUAUCCAACAAGCGGCAUGAAGUUUGGACAAUCGUUCCUUUGUGUGUCCGUCCAAACGGCAACACUUAACCAAAUCGGCAUGCAGUUGAAAUACAAUGAGCCAUCAAUAGUAUAUCAUCGUUUGCCGCAGGAAUUUGAAAAUGAAUUACCCAAUUUAGUAGAUGUAAUUCGAAAUAAAACUGUGGAUGCAUCGCCUUGGUACCACAUAGAAAGCUUUGAAACUUUAGUUGGUCGCAAAUUCCUGUCAUUUGCGAAAAGUGCAAUGUUCAAUGACGAUUUGUACAGCGGUUUAGUGGCUGAAGUAUUGCAGUCUGAUCUUUUAGUUGAGUCUUGGAUGAAUGGACCGGGAACUCUGGAUUCGGAAUGUAAUAGGAAUUUCCAGGUCCGAAACAUCGAACGCCUAAAAUUUCCAAUAGCCAAGAUGUCGUUUACCUCUCACAACGACCACUCGAAGUGGGCCGUAGCCGUCGCUCACAAGAUGCACAAUAGUCAGGAUACCAAAGUAGCAGACUACUGGGUGUGUGUCGGAGAUAUUAAUAGAGCUUUGCCCCAAGAGUCCCGUGGUGGUGGAACAGUUUGUACGUCUGGUCCCAUACUUUGGGGUAAUUUCGCGCAUUUAAUCGAAUCUGUUCAAUCUUGUAAUAAUAAAUAUGCAUAUUCAGUAUUUUUAGUCAUAGUUGCGCAGUGUAACAUGGACUUUCGCUUUUAUGUAUUUGUGUUUUGUAUACAUAAUGUAUAUGGAAAAAAAGGAUGGAAUUAUGUAAACUUGCAUUGUAGGGAUAACUAUGAUGUUCCUAUUGACUGGUGGUUUAUUUACAAACCCCCAAGCGAAGACCUUCCAUUCCUUGGUAAUGGUAGAAACUUUACAUUCAUAACUUCAAGUGAGUUUGGCCGAUGGAAUCCGUACCAUAUGAAUAUUAAUUCUCACACUUUAUUACGAAAUACUUUAGCGCCAGUGUUUAAGCGAACGUAUAGAGACCACUUAGCUGUCGCAAUAUAUGACGCUCAAAAGGCAGACUCCCUCGGGUCUUCUGCUCAUGGUAUACUCAUGGCUGAUGGAGUAGGCGGAGUGUGGGUAGAACAUACUGUACCAGAUCUUAUAAACUUUGAACGUGGUCGUCCAUUAUUUCCUGACGAUGAGAGUCCAAACGGUCAUUCGUUUGUUUGUAUGUCAGUAGAUUUAAAAACAAUAAACCAAAUUGCAAAGUAUUUGAAACAUACUUCGCCGUAUAUCAAACAUUUCCGCGUACCGAAGCAUUUGGUACAUCUAUUACCUGAGUGGGACUUUCAUACCCCUAUUAUGACUUCGAUCCCAGAAAAACCCUUAAAAUUCACCACAGAAGACAACACCCUAAAGGCUGAACUUCUUGUUAAACCAGCAGAUGAUAAACGCUGCUUGUACACAUACUUUGCUCAAUCCAAGGGAAUAUUUCUAGACGUGUAUGGACAAACAGAUAGUGAUUAUUUGACAACGAUAUGUGGGAAAAGCUAUGGAAUUCGCAACAUAGAAAACAUAUCGCUGAAGUUGCCAGAACGUGUCUAUUACUUUUAUAAUAUGACAGAACGAAUGAGGUUUGCCGUCAGCACGGCAGCGCAUUGGCAGAGACUUGGUUCUGGUCCAAUUCAAUAUUGGACUUGUCUGAGUAAUUUGGACAAAGAAGACAAGUCAGGGAUGGCCGGACAUCUGCUCUGCUUCAACAGUUAUGAGGUGUGGGUGACGUUUGAUAAUUUGAAAAUAAAGGAGCCGCAAUGUUAAUUUUUAAUAGGUUUUAUUAAAGUUUUCUAUUUAUAUAAGUUUUAUAUGUUGUAUUACUUUCUCGGAACAAUUUCCGAAAUAAUUAACUUUAAAUUAAUACUUAUUUUAAUGAUA